AUGGGUGGGAAAAUUGAUAGGACUAUUAACAAUGGAACAUCGCCUCCCAUAUUCCGUAUAAAUGGUCAAAAUUUCCAUCGCAUUGGAAGUUUACUGCCGGCACUCGGCACUCAACCGAAAUUUGCACAAUUAUACAUUCACGAUACAGAGAAUGAGAUACAAAAUCGCUCCAACUCUUUCAGGACGGAAAGCAAUGGUUCUGCCGUGCAUCUUGAUGUAGUUCAUGACAUUAAGCAAGAGCUAGAUGACCACAAUGUUUUGGUUAAGUCAUUCCGAAUGACCAAGUCAUUUAUGCAAUCUAAUCCUACAAGUGAAAUUAGAAUGAGAUUAAUCGGGAAGAGGUCUAAAGAUGCCAGAACGUAUGCACUACCAACUGCUUCAGAGGUUGCUGCUCUCAUUGUUGGAGAUCUAGACCCUUGCAUGGGUGAACGUGAUAUCGUGGUCGAGUCUAGGUCUGGAAUGCUUAAAAGAAUUAAUGAAUUAAACCCAGCUUAUCUACCAUUGCAAUACCCAAUUUUAUUUCCAUAUGGGGAGGAUGGUUUCACGGAACAUAUACAUUUUGCCACACAUAGUAAUAAACAAAAUUUUGCAAGAAAGAGUGUUUCACAAAGAGAGUACUUUGCGUUCCGUAUACACGAAAGAUCAAAUGAGAUCUCAACUAUAUCGUACGCUAAAAGGUUAUUCCAACAAUUCUUGGUUGAUGCGUAUACUAUGGUUGAAUCUUCGAGGUUGCUAUACAUUCGGUCAAAUCAAAAAGCUUUAAGAUGUGAGGCGUACAAAGGUCUUUCUGAUGCAUUAACACGAGGUGAAGUGCAACCUAGCUCUCAAGGUAAAAGGAUAAUAUUACCUUCAAGUUUCACGGGAGGAGCAAGAUACAUGAUACAGAACUACCAAGAUGCCAUGGCAAUUUGCAGAUUUAUAGGUUAUCCAAACCUGUUUAUUACAUUUACAUGUAAUCCUAAAUGGCCGGAGGUUCAACGGUUUUUGGAGAAAAGAAAUUUGAAAGCUGAAGAUCGUCCGGACAUUGUUUGCCGAAUUUUCAAGAUGAAGCUAGAUUGCGUAAUAAAAGAAAUAAAAAAUGGGAAACUGUUUGGUCCUAUAAGGGCAGUAAUAUACACAAUUGAGUUUCAGAAACGGGGUCUUCCACAUGCUCACAUAUUAUUUUUCCUACAAUCGAGUUGCCUUGCCAAUCCUGCUUUUAUGGACACGAUCAUUUCGGCCGAGAUCCCAGAAAAGGUGAUAGACAUCGAGUAUUACAAAGCGGUCGAAGAAUUCAUGUUGCACGGCCCAUGUGGGGUUUCCAGGAGUAAUUCACCGUGCAUGGUAAAUGGCAAGUGCUCGAAGCAUUUUCCAAAGAGAUUUAUUGAUGCAUCCCAUUUUGACCAAGAUGGUUACCCGUUGUAUCGAAGAAGGGAUGAUAAGAGGACAAUUAAAAAAAAUGGAAUAGAGUUGGACAAUAGAUAUGUUGUACCACAUAAUCGGUACUUGCUAUUGAAAUACAAAGCACACAUCAAUGUAGAGUGGUGUAACCAAUCUAGGUCAAUCAAGUACUUAUUUAAGUAUGUCAACAAGGGUAACGACCGUGUAACGGCUGAGUUUUAUAAGACUACAAUGGAUGAAGCUGGUAAUGAGAUGGUUGAUGAAAUAAAUAUGUACUAUGAUUGCCGGUACAUAUCUGCAUGCGAGGCCGCAUGGCGGUUGUUUAGCUUUGAAGUCCAGUACAGGACUCCACCGGUUGAGCGACUAAGCUUUCACUUGCCCGACUGCCAAUCGGUUGUGUUCCAAGACGAUGAUACUAUUGAUCAUGUCCUGAAUAGAGAAACCGUUGGGCAAAACGAUGAUAAAGAAUACAUUGAUGCUAUAAAUGAAGCAAGCUACUGGUCAACUGCAUAUUCAUUAAGGAAGCUAUUUGUUGUCUUACUAACAUCCUCAUCAAUUAUUAGGCCGGAAAAUGUCUGGAAUCAGGUGUGGCAACAUUUGUCUGAAGAUGCUCAACACUAUCAAAGAAGAAUAUUAAAACAACCAGACUUGGUCUUAACAGAGGAAGAGAAAAAGAACUUUGCAUUGUUCGAAUUGGAAAACCUAUUGGGGCAUCAAAAUAAAUCUUUAAAAGACUAUCCUCCGAUGCCAAUACCAUGUACAGAUAAUUCAAGGUUGUUUCAAAAUAGGUUGAUAUUUGAAGAGUUAGCUUACAAUUGUGAGCAGUUGAAAGAAGAUGCGGAAGUGUUGUGUGCGAAAUUAACUGAAGAACAGAGUCUCAUCUAUGAUACGGUUAUACAAGACAUUGAGGAAGGUGGCCGUACUGCUCACUCGAGAUUUGCAAUACCUAUUGCAAUAAAUGAAGACUCAACCUGUAACAUUAAGCAAGGUAGCGAGCUGGCUGAAUUGUUGAUAAAGACGAGUUUGAUAAUAUGGGAUGAAGCUCCCAUGAUGCACAAACAUUGUUUUGAAGCAUUAGAUCGAACUAUGAGGGAUUUGUUGCGUUUUGUAGACCCGUGCAGUGAAAUGAAGACGUUUGGUGGUAAAACAGUUGUUUUGGGUGGAGAUUUCCGUCAAAUCGUACCGGUAGUUCCAAAAGGUACACGGCAAGAUAUUGUUUCUUCAGCCAUAAAUUCAUCGUACCUAUGGGAUAGUUGCAAAGUUUUAAGGUUGACACAAAACCUGAGACUAUGUUCGGUACCCAAUCCUGGAAAUCGGCAGGCCUUACAAGAAUUUGCCAAUUGGAUUGCUAAUGUCGGUGAUGGAAAGCUGGGUGGGCGGAAUGAUGGUUUCGCAGAGGUUGAAAUUCCAAAACACAUGUUACUGUCAGCUGGAGCGGAUGAUAUUAAAACAAUUGUUCACAGUACAUUUCCGAUGUUUGCAAAUGGAAACACUGACCCUGAGCAUCUAAUAGGUCGUGUUAUACUAGCACCAACGCUCGAUGUGGUCAACGCAGUGAAUGAAUAUAUGACUGAGUUGCAUAAUGCCGAGAGCAGAUCGUACUUUAGUUCAGAUGCAGUAUGCAAAGCCGAUGGGGACAACGGUAUAUUUGGAGAUAUACACACACCGGAAUUUCUAAACAGCAUUAGGGUUUCAGGUUUACCAAAUCAUGCAUUGACCUUGAAAAUAGGAUCCCCGAUAAUGUUAAUGAGAAACAUUGACCAUUCUCUUGGUUUGUGCAAUGGCACUCGGUUGAUAAUCACAAAGUUAGCAGACCAUGUUAUUGAAGGCGAGAUUCUGACUGGACCUAACAAAGGUACAAAAGUGUUGAUACCUCGAAUGUCAAUAUCACCCUCUGAUCCAAGAUUGCCUUUCAAAUUUCAACGAAGGCAAUUCCCAAUUAUGAUUUCAUAUGCAAUGACCAUUAACAAAAGUCAAGGACAAACGUUAACUCAUGUUGGUUUAAUACUAAAGAAACUGGUUUUUGUACACGGCCAGUUGUACGUUGCUGCGUCUCGGGUUAACAAUCCAGACGGUCUCAAAAUAUUGAUAGUCAAAGACCCAACUUCAACUACUACAUCAACCACUAAUGUUGUAUAUCAUGAGGUUUUCAAUAAUCUGUGGUUUUGUAUUUAUCCUUUUUUAUUAGUUCCGUGA